AUGUUCGUAAAUCGUUGACUAUACUCAACAAACCACAAAGACAUCGGCACCCUGUACCUACUAUUUGGUGCCUGAGCAGGAAUAGUGGGCACUGCCUUGAGCCUACUAAUUCGCGCUGAACUAGGUCAGCCCGGAACCCUACUUGGCGAUGAUCAAAUCUAUAAUGUAAUUGUUACAGCUCAUGCCUUUGUAAUAAUCUUCUUUAUAGUAAUACCCAUUAUGAUUGGGGGUUUUGGUAACUGACUCGUACCGCUAAUAAUCGGAGCUCCCGAUAUGGCCUUUCCACGUAUAAACAACAUAAGUUUCUGACUACUUCCACCAUCCUUCCUAUUACUUCUGGCAUCCUCAAUAGUAGAAGCCGGAGCGGGUACUGGAUGAACUGUAUACCCACCUUUAGCUGGAAACUUAGCCCAUGCAGGGGCUUCAGUUGAUUUAACAAUUUUCUCCCUACACCUUGCAGGUGUAUCAUCAAUCCUAGGGGCUAUUAAUUUCAUUACCACAAUUAUUAACAUAAAACCCCCCGCAAUGUCUCAAUACCAAACACCCCUGUUUGUCUGAUCAGUACUAAUCACAGCCGUACUACUUCUACUAUCCCUGCCAGUUCUAGCAGCUGGCAUUACUAUACUACUGACAGACCGCAACCUGAACACAACCUUUUUUGAUCCAGCAGGUGGUGGAGACCCUAUCCUUUAUCAACACUUGUUCUGAUUUUUCGGACACCCAGAAGUAUACAUUCUCAUCUUACCAGGAUUCGGAAUAAUCUCCCACAUUGUAACCUACUAUUCAGGUAAAAAAGAACCAUUUGGAUAUAUAGGCAUAGUAUGAGCCAUAAUGUCCAUUGGAUUCUUAGGUUUUAUUGUAUGGGCUCACCACAUAUUCACCGUAGGAAUAGACGUAGAUACCCGAGCAUACUUUACAUCUGCUACAAUAAUCAUUGCUAUUCCCACUGGAGUAAAAGUAUUUAGUUGAUUAGCUACCCUGCACGGCGGCAAUAUUAAAUGAUCACCCGCAAUACUAUGAGCUCUGGGCUUCAUCUUCCUAUUCACCGUAGGAGGUCUAACGGGCAUUGUACUAGCUAAUUCCUCCCUAGACAUUGUAUUACAUGAUACAUAUUAUGUAGUCGCACACUUCCACUAUGUCUUAUCUAUAGGAGCAGUGUUCGCCAUUAUAGGGGGCUUUGUUCACUGAUUCCCCCUAUUCUCCGGGUACACACUCAACCAAGCAUGAGCAAAAAUUCACUUUGUAAUCAUAUUCGUAGGAGUAAAUAUAACAUUCUUUCCACAACACUUUCUAGGACUAUCCGGAAUACCUCGACGAUACUCCGAUUAUCCUGACGCAUACACAGCAUGAAAUACUAUUUCCUCAAUAGGCUCAUUCAUCUCACUAACAGCAGUGAUAUUAAUAAUCUUCAUUAUCUGAGAAGCAUUCGCAUCAAAACGAGAAGUAUCUGCAGUAGAACUGACAAGCACAAACCUAGAAUGACUACACGGAUGUCCUCCUCCCUAUCACACAUUUGAAGAACCAACAUAUAUCAACCUAAAAUAA